AAUGUAAUGAAAACACCAACAAACAUUCGAUUAAAAAAGUACAGGGUUGUUCUAAUUGGAGAUUCCCUGCAACAAAAGUAAUCUGGGAACUAAUUUCGGAUUUUAGAGAAUUUCAUUACAUAUCAGGAUUUACGUUAAGUUUAAAUUGUUUCUAUUUUGAAAUUUACCAUAUAACCGGUAACAUAGGUAUGAAUGAACAACUACUUUGUAUGGUCAAUUGUUAAGCUGAAUACUCGGUAAGCACACAUUGUGUGACCAAAUCAGAAUUUUCAUUGAUGUUAAGGUUAACAAGGGCGUCGGAUCGUCAUCUAAAUAUAUUAUCAACAUCGGACGAUGCGAGCACGCAUGUGUAAAUAGGCACCGUCGUACAAUCGAUUGGACAAAGUUAAUCAUCUGCGGGCACAGGUCGCCGCGACCGUGAAUCUCGCAUGGCUAGCGUCCCGUGCGGAUCUCAGUGGGACCUCGCCUCGCACACCGAGCGCUUCCUGCCUCGACGCCGCACUGCUAACGUCUAUCCUAUCAAACCCUCAUACAGUGCAUGCCAGAACAGUUUUGUGUUUCGUGUCAACAGUAAACAGUAUGAAUUAUGAUUUACCGUAAGUGUCUCCAGCGCGAUUGAGAUCGGAUUAAAAUGUAGAACUGCCGACGAGGCGGAGAAAAAUGAAAGAGGGCGGUCGCGAGGAGGAGCCGACCAACGCGGCAGAAGCGGCGCCGGCGCAGGGCAUGCGCAUCGAACAUACCUGCUGCUGCCUCGGCGUGUUGGUGGGCAUCUCGCUCAUCGCCGCCCUCGUAGCAGUGAUCCUGAUGAAAGACACCACUGUUGAAGUGACUGUACUCCGACAAGUGCACGUGCUUAUGUCACAUGGGGAACGUACUCCCAGCGAGGGCGAGCUAGAAAUGCUCGGGACGCCUCCAUCAGACCACGUGUUUGCACCCUACGGGGCCGGCGCUAUGACAAACGAGGGCAAAAUGUUGACAUUCGAAAUGGGCGCAUUACUUAGGAAGAGAUAUGACGAGUUUUUGGGACCUAUCUAUCAGAGUGAGAACAACAUCGUAAUAUCAUCGGAUACAGCACUGAGUAAGAUGACUGCUCUGUUGAUAUCGGCGGGUCUUUGGCCGCCGUCGCCGGAGCAAGCUUGGAACGAGACGUUACCAUGGCAACCCGUGCCUUAUAAAUAUCCACCGCGACAACAAGACUUUUUACUAUACGAAGAAAACUGUCCUCGUUACAAACAAGAGAAGGAGAGGAUACUUAAAGCGUUUACCGACGAAGGCUUGUUGUUGCCGUACCGCGACCUCUUCCAUAAGAUCGCGCAAAUGACGAACACGAACUUCAGCACGCCACAGGAAGCCUACUAUCUAAACAACUUAUUCUUGAUACAGGACGACAUCAAAGUAGCGAAUCCGAAAUGGGCGAAACACGUGAAAAGAAAACUGAUGGAUAUUGCCCGACUGGAGUAUUCAAUGAUGUUCCACAACAAUCUGCUAAGGAAACUGAGCGGCGGUGCACUGCUCCAGCAAAUAAUAAAGGAAGCAGAUAGCAACAUAGCAGGGGAGUCCCAGCUUCGUUUAGUUGUGCGUACGGGCACGCCCGUGUCCGUGGCGGCGUUGUUGGGCGCAUGCGUGGCCCCGCCCCCUCGCCUGCCCGACCCGGGAGCCGCGUUACUGUUUGAACUACAUGAGAGAAGACCAUCGCCUCAGGCGAGUAAGGAACAGAAGGUUUUGGCUGAUGGACAGCGGUAUGGAUUUAAGAUAUAUUACUGGGACGAUGACUCGGCCGAACCACGCCUCAUGGAAGUGCCCGGGUGCAAUGCCUUCUGCGCUCUCGAGACGUUCAAGGAACUAACCAAAUAUAUAGUGUCACACAACUAUAACAAAGACUGCAAACUUGUUCCUAAUACAUAGACAUACGAUAGUGGAAAAUAGGAUUUAGUGCUUUCGAGUUUCGACAAAUCGAUGGAUUAGGCUGUGGUAUUUAAAAAUGGACUUUAGGUCGCUGAAAUUAAAGUAUAUUAUUGUUAUUGUGC